AUGGACUUUUCCUUCAAUAUUUACUGUGGGAAUCUGGUUGAAUUUCUGGAGCUACACCAGAAGGCCCUUAUUUUAAUUAUCUCUAUCAUUGUCACCACCACCAUCAUCAUCAUCACCAUCAUUGUCCCUGACAACACCACAGCAAUCAGAAUAUUAUGUACAGAAACCAUUUCAGCUACUUUAGAGUCACUAUUCAGGCUACAUAAUGUUAAAGUCCCUCAAAUUAAUUUGCAUGUCUCAGAAAGACUAAGCUACCAGACUAAGUUACAACUGGCUAAUCCAAAAAAAUUUGAGACCUCAAUAUCACAGUAUGGCAUAUCCUCCCAGAGAAGAUCUUGGCCAGUAUGGAUGGUGAUCCUUAUUUUUCUUGGAGUGACAACCAUCUUGGGAGUAACUGUUGGUCUCCUUGUUCAUUUUCUGGCAGUUGGAAAGAUUUUCUAUUACCAAGGUGAUUUUCAUAUUUCUGGAAUUACAUACAAUGAUAGUUGUGAAAAUGGAGCUUCACAAGCCAGCACAGAUCUGAGCAAAAAUAUAGAGACUAAAAUGUCCGAUGCUUUUUAAAAUUCUAGUAUAUAUAAAGAAUAUAUCAACUCUCAGGUCACCAAAAUUCUUCCUGAUCCCAAUGGCUCAAGUGUACAGUUACAGCUGACAUUCAAAUUUCCUCCAGCAAAGAGGGAUAACAUGAAGACUGAAAUUGAAGUUAUCUUACAUCAGAUGCUGAAAGACAACAUGGCAUUCUGGAAUGCAGUCCCUAUUUCCAUGAGACUCAUAGAAAUCAGCAAGGCUAAUGUUGAAAUACUUACCAACAACUGUUGUGGAAGAUCGGCCAACAGUAUCAUACCAGGCAACCAAAUUGUGAAUGGGAAGAAUGCCCUGGUGGGUGCAUGGCCAUGGCAAGCCAGCAUGCAAUGGAAAGGUCAACACUAUUGUGGGGCAUCUCUGAUCAGCAGCCGAUGGCUAUUAUCUGCAACUCACUGCUUUGCUGAGACAAACAAUCCAAAAAACUAUACUGUCAGCUUUGGCACCAGAGUAAAUCCCCCUUAUAUGCAACGUUAUGUUCAACAAAUUAUUGUUCAUGAAGACUACAUCCAGGGUGAACAUCAUGAUGAUAUUGCAGUUAUACAGCUCACUGAAAAAGUCUUAUUUCAGAAUGAUGUACAUCGAGUUUGUCUUCCUGAAGCCACACAGGUUUUUCCACCAGGUGAAGGAGUUGUUGUUACAGGAUGGGGAGCAUUUUCAUAUAAUGGUAAAUACCCAGAGGUACUUCAGAAGGCACCUGUGAAGAUUAUUGACACAAACACUUGUAACGCUAGGGAAGGAUAUGAUGGUUUGGUAUCAGAUACGAUGCUGUGUGCUGGGUACUUGGAAGGAAGUAUAGAUGCCUGCCAGGGUGACUCUGGAGGACCACUAGUUCAUCCCAAUUCUCGAAAUAUUUGGUACCUUGUUGGAACAGUGAGCUGGGGAGAAAAAUGUGGUGAAGUCAAUAAGCCAGGUGUCUAUAUGCGAGUGACUGCCUACCGCAACUGGAUUGCCUCUAAGACUGGUAUUUAA